CACCCUUCGACCUCACAUCAACCCGCCGGAGAGCCGGUCUCACUCCCGUGCCCGUACGCCGUGCGCGUCACCUUAUUCGCCAGCCACCACACGCCGGCACAGCCGCACGAGCGGGCCAGCAAGGCCGUUUCGCGUCCCUCAGUGCGCGCGGGAUCGGAGCGUCCGUUUGCCAGCGGCCAUGGCGCUGGAGGCCGUGGUGUUCUCCCCGGCGGCGGCGGGCCAUUUCGGCUACAGCCGCGGGGACUCGCCGUACGCGCUGCCCUGGUGCGACAUGGGCGGCCUCGGCGACCUCUGCGCGGGGGGUUACUGGGACCAGGAGCUGGACGACGCGUGGGCGGCGGCGCCGGCCGUGUGGGACGUCGACUGGGCGGAGGCGGCGUCCAGGGACGACCACUCCUCGGACGCCUCCUCGGACCGGCAGCAGGGCAAGGAGGCGGCGCCCGAGCCGGCGCCGGCGGUGCGGAGGAAGCGGAGGCGCACCAAGGUCGUCAAGAACAAGGAGGAGAUCGAGACCCAGCGGAUGACCCACAUUGCCGUCGAGCGCAACCGCCGCCGCCAGAUGAACGAGUACCUCGCCGUGCUCCGCUCCCACAUGCCGCCGUCCUACGCCCACAGGGGUGACCAGGCAUCGAUCGUCGGUGGCGCCAUCAACUACGUGAGGGAGCUGGAGCAACUGCUCCAGUCGCUCGAGGUCCAAAAGAGCAUCAGGAAUAACCGGCGGGGCGGCUCCACGGACGCCGCCGGCAGCAGCUCCUCCCCGUUCGCCGCCUUCUUCAGCUUCCCGCAGUACUCCACCUCGCCGGCUCACGGCAGCAGCAGCUCCACGAGCCUCGGCGGCUCGAGCAACACGAGCAAUAAUGCCGCCAGCAGCGACGUGUCCUCCGGCGGGUCGGCCGAGAGCGGCCGGCCGGCGGCGGUCGCGGACAUCGAGGUGACGAUGGUGGAAGGCCACGCGAGCCUCAAGGUGCUCGCGCGGCGGCGUCCCAAGCAGCUCCUGAAGCUCGUCGCCGGCCUGCACCAGCUGCGCAUCCCGCCGCUGCACCUCAACAUGACCACCGUCGACGCCAUGGUCCUCUACACCUUCAGCCUCAAGGUGGAGGAUGACUCCAAGAUGGGGUCUGUUGAGGACAUCGCCACCGCUGUGCAUGAGAUUCUCGGCAGCAUCCAGCAGCAGCAGCAGGAGGAGGAGACCGCCGCCAUGUGAAGCUCUGCACAGCACCUGCAUCUAUCUGCAUGCCCUCCGAAAGCUGCACUGGCAGCGGCAGUGCCGUCCUGCCAGUGGAAUCCCGUAGCCUGUACGUGUGACCGUGAUCGCACACUGGGCACCUGAGCCACCACGCAGCAUUGUCUGUCCAUGGUCACAAGGGCUGUGUUUAGUUCCAAAAUUUCUCUCUCCAAACUUCACUAUUCACCUAUCACAUCAAAAUCUUUUACCUCAUGUAUGGAGUAUUAAAUGUAGGUAAAUAAAAAAACUAAUUACA